CACCGAACUUUCCUCCCUCAUCAUGAGUCAGUCAGGGCUCCAGGGCUCCAGGGCUCUCCGACUGAGGUCAUCCAUCGCUGUACAGCGUCCAUUGACGUCAGCCGUUCUAUCGAGGUCCCAAUGGCUUUCCUCUUCGCGACGCGUCUUCCUGACUGAUGGCCAUUUCCGCGACGCGUUUGCCUAAAAGUCGGGACAUUGAUUCUAUGCAUCAUCGCAAUCUCGCUCCUCACAGCACAAAUUAUCCCGACCCUUUCGGAGCAUUCAUCGCAUUCAUCGCAUGCGGACAUACAUCAUCACACACACGAGAUAUUUCAGAAGCACGUCAUUCAUCAAUAUGUCAUUCAAAAGAAAGGCUGGAGAUGCGGGUCUGGAUUCAGCAAAGAAGCCGAAAGUCAAUGCCUCCAUCACUUCUUUCUUCGGACAGCCCAAAGCGGAGCCCAAGACCAACAGUCCUGCCACAUCACUCAAGGCCGAUGCAACACCAACAUCUAGCACAGCUGACAGAGCCGAACCAACGCCCAUCAAAUUCGAUAAAGAUGCUUGGCUAGCGAAGCUCACUCCGGAGCAGAAGCAGCUCCUGGCGUUGGAGAUCUCCUCCAUGGACGAAAGUUGGCUAGCAGUGCUCAAAGACGAACUCGUCACCAAAGAGUUCCUCGACCUCAAGAAAUUCCUCAAAUCCGAGGUGGAGUCCGGCAAGAAGGUCUUCCCCCCCAGCUCUGACGUCUACAGCUGGUCGCGCCACACCCCUCUACACAAAGUCAAGGCCGUGAUUCUCGGCCAGGAUCCGUACCAUAACGUGAACCAAGCCCACGGAUUGUGCUUUUCCGUUCGUCCUCCGACCGUCGCGCCUCCCUCGCUGAAAAACAUGUACAUCGCGCUGAAGAAGGACUACCCCGAUUUCAAGGCACCACCGCGUAAUGGCGGUCUCCUGACCCCCUGGGCCGACCGAGGCGUGCUGCUGCUCAACACUUGCCUGACCGUCCGUGCCCAUGAGGCGAACAGCCAUGCAAAUCGCGGUUGGGAACGCCUCACACAGAAAGUGAUUGACACUAUUGUCGCCAAGCGGACCAAAGGCGUGGUCUUCCUGGCCUGGGGCUCUCCGGCGCAGAAGCGCUGUGCCAAGAUCACGGGCACCAAACACCUCGUCCUGAAGAGCGUCCACCCCAGUCCUCUCAGCGCGCACAAGGGCUUCAUGGACUGUGGGCAUUUCCGAAAGGCGAACGAGUGGUUGGAGGAGAGAUAUGGGGCGGACGGUGUGAUCGAUUGGAAUCUAGAUGUCGAGCCGGAAGAGGCGGGCGUUUGAUCAGAGUGGAGCAGGAUUGAUAGGCGCAGAGUGGUGAAGCCCCUUUGAAUGGCUUUAUUUGGCAGGAGUGAUGUUGUCAAUGCGUUCAUAUCGGAACGUCUUGUAGUGUUAUGUAUCUUGUUUUCUGGAUAGAUCGACCGACCUGUCUCAAAUCAAUGACUCAUGACUACUCCUCAACCGUGGUGAUUUUGAUCUCGAUGGCAGAGAGGCUUGACUCCAGCGACCGAGAAGGAGACCGGUAGACUUCCUCAAAGUGUUCAUGAGCCCAUAGGAUGCGACAUAAGCCUGUGACAUGCAUGUUCUAUGUGCCUUCAACACGCUGUCAGAGGUCGA